UAAGUAUAGUGUUAGGUUUAUUGGGGUUGGAUUAGAACUGUUGGGGUUUUUGUUUCAAAAACUUACAGCAAGCCGGCAGAAAAGGGAAAGCAAAACAAGUAUCCAUAAUUAUUGAAGUUGAAGGAGGAGGAGAAGAAUUGAAACUCAUGGAGUUGAAGGCAAAGUGUUUGAAGAAAGCAGCGGUUCCUUCGACUCUUAUAGAGCACCCAUCUCCUGGCAACCUUCAGUCUACUCGUCUUGCCCUUCAUAUCAAUGAUGAUAAUUCUUCUUGUUGGGUCUACAUUGCUUCUGCUUCCCGCAUUUACAGACUUCUUAUUCCAAUGGAAAAUUCAUUGCUCAAUCUAGGCAAGGAGGACCUUCUAAUUCCUGAACAAUGUGAGGUUCUAGAGGCUUCAGUGGUCAAUCACUGCCCGCAUCGAUCAGAAAUCCAAAGUAUAGUGCUAGCUGAAACUGAAAGCUCUGGUUGCUCAAUUCUGGGAAGCGUGGAUUCUUAUGGUCACCUUAUUGUCUCUAGAUUGGAUGCCAGUGGCGACGAUAUCAACAGGCUUACAUAUUCUGUCUCUCCUCGAGAUUACAGUGUUGGAGAAGGUAGCUGGGCAGGCCUGUGCUUCAAUCCCACUCAAUGGUCCAUGGCAGCCGUGGCUCACAGUUUCUCUAAAACCAUUGAUGUCUAUGACCAAGAUAUUCAUGUCCGCACAUUACGUCCAUUAUGGAAUCCAUCUUCACUUAUCUUCAUGCAAAAUUUGGCUUUAGGCGGUGGAAGUUCUGUAUUAGCAGUUGGAGAAGGUUGCCAGCUGACAAUAUGGGACUUGCGAAUGAAAGAAAAGGGUGGUUGUGUGCAUCGAAUCUGUGGAUCUGUAGGAGAUAACUUGUAUGCAGUCUGUGAUUCUUCAAAAGGUACUAUUGCGGCAGGUGGAGCUGAUCGCACUGUAACUGUCUAUGAUCCUCGCAGGUGGACAGCAGUGUCGAGAUGGCUUAACUGCUCUAAGUAUGAGAUAACUGGACUUGCUUUCUCUUCUGUUGAUCCUGAAUAUGUCUAUGUACAAGGAGUUGACUAUGAGGUUGUCUGUGGACGAUGGCGAGAUAGCAAGAAAAUAUUUUCUUAUCGAGGAGAUUCUAAUUGGCUCGGAUUUAGUAAGUGUUCAGACAGGGAUCUCUUGGGGGGUUGGUCCGACUCAGGUAGCAUAUUUGUGGCUGAUAUACAUGGAGUGAACACAUUACACCUGCCAAAAUGACUAGAUGUCCCUGCUGCAACUAAUGUUUUCAAAUUCGUUUUUGGGGCGAGUCCCAAGGCAUACGCCCUAGAAUUAUUAUUGGUGUAAUGAUAUUUAUACUUUACAUUAUCAUGUUGUGGUGGUUUUUCCUGAAAUAUAUAGAGAGAAAAGACAUCAAAUACACCUUGAACUUGUCCUGAAAAGUCAAAUUCACCCUCAAAACGAAAAUCAAAUUUAGCAUACAAGUAUUUGCUUAUCUUACAAUGAGAGCGUUGCUUUUUGGUGAUAUUACUGCAUUUGCAAUUAUAUGCCCAUUAAGAUAUUUGGGCUUGA